GCGAGCUGUAUUUUCCACGAUUUUCACAUGACUGUUUAUCAUCUAUAACAAUACUUAACAACAAUAAUAGAGGGAAACAGUGAGGAUGAGUUGUAUUACUUAUUUCUCGAUAAAAAUAUUUGUGUUUGCCUAUCUAUGUGUGAAAAUUCCAUAAGAAUACUCGACCAAAAGGAUUGUAAGAGCCCAUUAUGUGUGGAAGGUGACAGAUAUUGCUUUCAUCGUAAGAAUAUAGGCAAAGCUUUGAUAUUUAAUCAAAGUGUGUUCCACCAUCUAUCAAGCCGACCUGGAUCCAAGGUUGAUAGAGAAAAUAUAGAGAGGUCUUUAACACAUCUCGGUUUCCAAGUUGAUACUUAUGUUAAUCUUUCAACAGAGGAUGUUAAAAGUGUUCUCGAUGCGGAGUCUGCAAGAGAUUACAGUUUAGAGAAUAGCUUUAUGUGUGUUUUUAUGAGCCAUGGAUCAGAAGGUGUUAUUCAUUGUGAAGAUGGUCCUUUAGAUAUUUCAACCAUACUGCAAUAUUUUGACGCAAAAAAUUGCCCGUCUCUAUUUGGGAAGCCAAAGUUAUUCAUAGUUAACGCCUGUCGUGGUGAUAAAAUGGACCCUGGUGUAGAUGUGGUAGACUCUAUUGAAGAUUCUCUCACUUUUCCAAUACCAUUUACUUUAUUAGAUGAAGAUUUUAUUCUAGUCUACUCGGUCGUAUCAGGUUAUGCUUCUGCAAGAGAUUUCAGAACCGGUUCCUGUUUUAUUUCCGCCUUAAGCGAGACACUGUUAAAUCAUGGGAAAUCUAUGGACUUUGUUAAACUAAUGACUAGAGUAAAUGCGAAGAUAGCUUUUGAAUUUGAACGUAAAGGUGGUAAAAAACAAAUGCCUUGUGUUUAUAGUAUGCUGAAGAAGGAUCUCCAUUUCUAAUUUAAUUGUGAUUGUCGGAUAGGGUGGAGU